GAGGUCUACCUCUACGAGAAAGCAGGAACGGUAAAUUCUCCUGAACUCCAGCUCGUCGUAGGGAUGUGAACCGUCCCUUCCUGUUUUACUGGCGAUCAGAGAGAAACAUUGACGCCGCGAUAGAGACGCGCAAGCUUCGAUUAUGUCUGGAACCACUCGCGCCGUCCGACACCGGGAUUUUUGUUUGCCUACGUAGACCGGCAACCAGCAAUGUCGCGUUAUAGCGCGUACAUGACACUUGACGACUUGUAGUCUACAUAUAUAUUUAUUUGUAUCUCGCUGCUGCAACCCUUGCUCCUUCUUCUGUCAAUGAUUGUCCUACCCAUAUAAGCCUACUCAUGGCGGAGACCAAAAUUAUAUACCAUAUCGACGAAGAAGAAACCCCUUAUUUAGUGAAGCUGUCGGUUUCUCCGGAAAAAGUCACGUUGGCGGAUUUUAAAAAUGUCCUCAACAACCGACCGGUCAACAGUUAUAAAUUCUUUUUCAAGUCUAUGGAUCAGGAUUUCGGAGUCGUCAAAGAAGAAAUCUCCGACGAUAAUGCCAAGCUGCCCUGCUUCAACGGCAGAGUGGUGGCCUGGUUGGUGUUGGCUGAAGGCACACACUCGGAUGGGGGAUCUCAGUGCACAGAGAGCCACAAAGAGCUGCUGCCCCCCUUGGAGAGAACCGGAGGGAUUGGAGAUUCCAGACCCCCCUCUUUCCAUGCUAAUGCGGUGAGCAGUCGAGAUGGUCUGGACACAGAGACAGGAACAGAGUCUCUCCAGAGCCAGCGGAGGGAGCGCGAGAGGGAUCGAGCUCACAGGAGGACAAGAGAAGGUGAAUUCCCUCGGGUGAACGGUCACCCGAAAUCGGAGCGUCUGAAUCGUGACUCGGCAGUAGUUUAUGACAGUGCGUCUGUCAUGAGCAGUGAACUGGAAUCCAGCUCUUUUAUUGACAGUGACGAUGAUGCCAGCAGUCACAGACUCAGCAGUUCAACAGGGCAGAGCUCUUUAUCACGCUCGACGCGGAUACACAAACUCAAACGACGGAGACCGAAAGACCACAAGAUGAACAGAUCGUCAUCCUUCAGUAGUAUUACAGACUCCACCAUGAGCCUCAACAUCAUCACUGUCACUCUAAACAUGGUCUUAUCUGUCUUUGUCACAGAGAAGUACAACUUCCUGGGGAUCAGUAUAGUCGGUCAGAGUAAUGACAGAGGAGAUGGAGGUAUUUAUAUUGGCUCCAUCAUGAAAGGCGGAGCGGUGGCGGCGGACGGGAGGAUAGAGCCUGGAGACAUGCUGUUACAGGUGAAUGAAGUGAACUUCGAAAACAUGAGUAAUGAUGAUGCUGUCAGGAUUCUGCGAGAGAUCGUCUCCAAACCUGGGCCAAUAAGCCUUACAGUGGCCAAAUGUUGGGACCCCUCUCCGAGAAGCUACUUCACAAUCCCUAGAGCCGAGCCAGUGAGACCUAUUGAUCCUGCAGCCUGGAUCACACACACUACAGCACUUUCUGGGCCAUACCCACAUUAUGAGUUUGAUGACCUUCCGCUUUCGGUGUCUAAAACAGACAUGGCAACUAUAGUGAAGGUCAUGCAGCUUCCAGAUUCAGGCUUGGAGAUCAGAGACCGAAUGUGGUUGAAGAUCACUAUAGCCAAUGCUGUUAUUGGAGCGGAUGUUGUUGACUGGUUGUUUUCUCGGGUGGAAGGAUUUAAGGAUCGCAGGGAUGCUAGAAAAUACGCCAGCAGUUUAUUGAAGCACGGUUACCUGAGGCACACAGUCAAUAAAAUCACCUUCUCGGAGCAGUGCUACUACACUUUUGGAGAUCUGUGUCAAAACAUGGCUUCUCUCAAUCUGAAUGAGGGAUCCAGUGGUGGUGGCUCUGACCAGGAUGGUCUCGCUCCUCUUCCUCCUCCAGGAACAAACCCAUGGCCCCUUGGUGGGCAGCCUUACCCAUACCCGGGUUACCCCACCCCUCCGCCAGGCUUUCCUCCGGGAUAUUCAGAUCCCUGCCACAGUUUUCACAGCGGGAGCGCAGGCAGCCAGCAGAGUGAAGGCAGCAGAAGCAGUGGCUCAAACCCCAGCGCUGGCAAAGGACGCAGAGCCUCGCCCCGAGAGAAGGAACACAAGGCACCCUGCUGUGGGGGGAGUGAAUCAGAACUGGUGACAUGGGUCACAAGAAGGGGUGAAAAAGCACCCAGUCAGCUGAGCCACCAAAGCCACAGCCGAUCGGCCGCCAGCCAGUCCCAAUCCGCUUACAGUCACGGCCACACACAGUGCCACCUCAUCCCACAGCACAGCCUUAGCUUCAGCUACAGCCAUGCUCCAUUCAUCCAGCCCAGUCAUCUGUCAUGCGCCCACAGCGAAAGGAGUCACGGCUCUUCUUAUGGCCCGCCGGGUUUACCCCCUCCCUACUGCCUUGCGCAUCUCGCCCCCAAAACAGCCGCAGGCAACAGCAACAGCCCGCCAGGAGCUCCUCCGAUUCGGGAGAUUGGAAACGUCCCACCAGAACUCACAGCAAGUCGGCAGUCUUUUCAGCACGCUAUGGGCAAUCCUUGUGAGUUCUUUGUGGAUAUUAUGUGACAGGAGAGAGUGCCUUCAACAUUCACUUCAUAAGGUUUUGCUACUGACGAUCCAAUGCCUGCACUGAGAAUGUACAAACUGAUGCACAAAUCUAAAGGGAGAGUUCACCUAAUGCUGGAAAUUCUGUCGUUUGCUCUAAACUUAUUCUGUGAAACAGGAAAAUCUGUUUAGUUGACCACAGUUAACUAAAACUGGGAAAUUAUUUAAUUUAUUAAAUUUUCUUCGGCUUACUGGCUUAAUUCAUCAGGAGUCACGACAGUGGAAUGACCGCCAACUAAUCCAGCAUAUGUUUUGCAUAGCAGACGUCCUUCCAGCCGCAACCCAGUACUGGGAAAAAACCCAUACACACUCAUACACUAAGGCCAAUUAAGUUAAU